UUCUCAUUCACACCAUGAAGUCCCAGGUGUACAUAAGAAGGUUACAUACCAUCAACCCAAGACACUCUAUCUUGAACAUCCAUCCCCAUAUUCAAUUAGUACCCCGCAACUCACCGAUUCCUCGAUAUUUCAUCAGACACAACUCUUCCUUCCCUCCUACAGACUUUCGAUCUUCCCCCAAACCCGACAAAACUCCAGCUCCGAAUGAAAAGACCACAGAUAAAUCCACUGCGCAACCAGAAACCAAGAGAGAAAAGAAAACAUUUCGUCAACAAAUAUCUGCCGCUUGGGCCACUCCUACCAAAUGGUACCCUAUCCCCGUGGCGUUAGGAGCUGUUGUUCUGUUAGCUGUUCAAUGGCGUAAACGAGUGAGAGGAGAGUUAGAAGUGGAGUCUCAAAGAGAAGGAGCUGUUGUUAGGUCUAAAAGAAAGGUUGAUGGUCCUUGGCAGGUAAGAGUAUUAGGUGCUCUUCCACUUCGAUCUUUAUCUCAAUUAUGGGGUUACCUCAACUCUUUAGUCUUACCAGUAUGGUUCCGUCCCACUGGGUUCAAGAUAUACGCUUGGAUAUUCGGAUGUGAUUUGGAAGAAUGUGUUCCUGAGGAUUUGACUCAAUAUGCUAGUCUUGGAGAAUUCUUUUAUAGGGAAUUGAAAGCUGGUGUCAGACCCAUUGCGGAUGCUCCUAUGGUAUCCCCCGCCGAUGGUCGUGUUUUACAUUUCGGUCAAAUACUCGAUAAUCAAGUAGAACAAGUCAAAGGUUUAACCUAUUCAUUGGACGCUUUAUUAGGUUCUGAAUCAUCUGCUCAUGGUCCUUCAACAUCAUUACCACCUUCUAGUAGUUCAUCAGAAGUUGUCGAUCAUACACAUUUCGCAGAAAUAAACGAUAUAUCUUAUUCCCUUUCUGAUUUACUCGGCACUUCUUCCUCUUCCUCCCCUUCUUCCUCUUCUUCAACUUCAAACGGAUCACAAUAUCAAGAUGAAAAUCAAAAUCAAAAUCAAAAUCAAGGUCAAAUACAAGUACCUGAUCCUUCUUUACCUUCUGGACCAGGAGGUGAAUCUGAUGCUUCUCAUUAUCAACCCGGUGGAGAUUUAUCACAUGAUACUUCCGUUGCAGUUUCACUCGGUUCUAGCGCAUUAUCAAAUCUUACCACAUCAAAUUCUCAUUCUUUACCUUCUUUAAACUCUGAUAACUCUUUAUAUUUCUUAGUGAUUUAUUUAGCUCCAGGUGAUUAUCAUAGAUUUCAUUCACCAGUACCUUGGGUAGUUGAACGUAGAAGACAUUUCACAGGUGAUUUAUUUUCAGUUUCACCUUAUAUCGCCAAUCGUUUAAAAGAUUUAUUCGUUUUAAAUGAAAGAGUAGCUUUAUUAGGUAGAUGGAAAUACGGUUUCUUCUCUAUGGUACCUGUUGGAGCUACCAACGUGGGAAGUAUUCGAAUUAAUUUUGAUGAAACUUUGAGGACAAAUACUAGAAGAAGAAGUCAUCCUGCUCAUACUUUUACAGAAGCGGUUUAUGGGAAUGCUUCAAAAGUUUUAGGAGGACAACCUUUAUUGGCUGGAGAAGAAAUGGGUGGUUUCAAAUUAGGUAGUACUAUCGUUUUGGUUUUUGAAGCACCGAAGGAUUGGGAGUUUACUGUUAGACCGGGUGAUAAAGUUAAAGUUGGGCAAGCGUUGGGUAAGUUUGAUGGGGAGAAGUGA